UUUACAAGAUUCCCCUUCCUUUUCACAUUUUCCCGCCAAAGAAAAAACCCUUCCCUAUAAUAUAUUAUUACACUUUCCACUUUCCCUCCUCACAUUGUUCCAUAAUUAGUCCAAAAAAGAAACAAAAGCAAAAAAAAAAAACAAACAUAGUUCCAACAUCCUAAAAAAAUGAAAGACACAUCCAAAGUCAUCGUUGGAGCAACCUUAGUAAUGGUUGUAACUCUUGGUUUUGUCAUAGCCCUUAUUCUUGUUCUUCUAGCUGAACUCUAUUGUUCUCUUUUACUUCAACGCCACAAACACAAAAACAAAAACAAAAACACAUCAACAACAACAAUAGUACCUAAUAAUGUUUCUCCUUCACAUUCACCAAAUUCUCCAUCACCACAAAACUUUAAUACUAACAUUUAUUCACAAGGUGUGUUUCAAGCUCCAAGAAACUUUCUUUUUCCUUCCAUAGAAAAAAACAUUUCUUCUAAACAACAACAAAAUAAUAUUAAUAACAAACUUCAUCAUCAUCAAGUUAUUCAUAUCCAAACACUAGAAGAAAUUUCAUCACCAAAAUUAUCAAUGUCACCCUUUUUAUCAAGAGCUCCACCACAACAACAAAAGAACACAACAACCCAUCAAAUUAAAAGUGAUGAAAUUUCAUCAUGUCUUGAUGAAUCUUCUUGUGUUGGUAGUGAAAAAUUGAAUCUUGUUUAUAUUUCCAAUCCCAUAUAUGAAAAUGAAGAGAAAAAUGAAAGUGGGGUUAAUACACCAUUUGAAACACCUCAUUCUUCACCUUCUCAUUUAGAAAAAAGUGAUUCUUCUUGUGAUGAUGUUGAAGCUGAAAUUCAAGUUGAAGUUGAAGUUUGUUAUACACCUCCUUUGACUCCAAUGAAGAAGCUAACUACAGAAGCUUGUUCUGUUUCUUUAAGAGAUUCUAGAUCAUUAAGUGAUUCUAUUUCACGUAGUGUUAAUGGUUUAACUUCUUCAUCUUCUGAUUCUCCUUCUACUUCUCCUUCUUGGUGAAUUUUUUCCAUCAUUGUGUCUUCUUAGUUAGAUGUAAAAGCUUUUGUUUUUUGUUUUUUGUUUUUAUUUAUUUAUGUGUUGUGGUAAUUAGUUUGUGAAUAAUAUAUUAUUAGU